AUGGGCAGUCGGACCAAGAACCUGGUCUCCCGCUCCGCCAGCGCCGUGGUCAGCGUCAGUAGCCUGGCCGUCACCACACUUAAGGAUAACGAUGGCAGCGGGACGGGACAGGAUGUCUACACCUUCCACACCGGGGAUGGCAGUGUCGCCGAUGGCUGGCCCGCCCAGUCCAGCUGGGUCUCUUUCGACGACAUGUGGAAGGCCAACAAGCCCACCAUCAUGGAGUCCUGCACUCAGUUCGACGUGCCCAACAACUCGGCCAACGAGACCCAGAACCUGUACGAUUCGAUCCAGCAGGUCGCCAAGGAGUCCCACCUCGACCACCGGUUCAUCCUGGCCAUCAUCAUGCAGGAAUCGAAGGGCUGUGUCCGCGUGCACACCACCAACUACGGCGUCCGCAACCCGGGCCUCAUGCAGGAUCAUGACGGCGCCGGCACUUGCAACGACAACGGGGUGGUUCAGAACCCGUGCCCGAAGAACGAGAUCCUCCAGAUGGUUCGCGAUGGUGCCAUCGGAACCGCCGCCGGUGAUGGACUCGCCAGUCUGAUCAACCAGCAGGGCAAGACGGACGUCUCCGGCUUCUACCGCGCCGCCCGCCUGUACAACUCGGGCUCCAUCUCCGACGCCUCCAACCUGAACGUCGGCGUCGGCACCGCCUGCUACGCCACCGAUGUUGCCAACCGUCUGACCGGCUGGGUCAACGCCGCCUCCACGUGUACCCUGAGCGCAUAG